CCGCCCGGUGGUAUCGCCCGACGGUAAAGCGGAGAGCGCAGUUGUCGGCUGCAGGUCGCUCGGAGAGGAACGCCGCUCCACGGACCCUCGAACCUGUUUCUGGUCUGCUCAAAGUGGCAGUCUCGUUUGCUUUUUUUUUUUUUUUUUUUUUUUUUAAAUCUCGUUGUGGCAAUUUCAGCAACUUGGGAAAUAUUAACAUCCUCGAAGAAUCGAUUUGAAAAGGACAGACGGCCCUCUCAGCCCCGUCCCUUCACCCCAGUGAUGCUUAGCUGCUUUUUUCCAGAGGCCCACCUUGGCAGUUAGAGGAGAGGUCAUCACCAUGACAGCAUCCUCACUGGAGCCACGCCCCUCGUCUGUGGCUGCCCUCUUCCUGCUCCUUCUCUUACCAGCUGUUUUUGCACAGAACUCUGCUGUCCCAACGACUCCUACCCCGCCUUUGUUUAAUCCGCGGAACCGCCCAGAGUGCACAAAAAAAGAGCAUCCAAAGGUUUCAAUUCAAGUGCUCAGCCCGUGGAUUUCCAUUUUCUCCCAGCCUGGAGUGAAAGACUACUCACAGCUCACCCUUGACCUGACUAGGAAUGAGCUUAUUGUAGGUGCCAGAAACUACCUUUUCCGACUGGACCUAAAUAAUAUGUCACUAGCACAGGCGACGGAGUGGGCACCAGAUGAGGAAACCAGGAGGUCCUGUCAGAGCAAAGGCAAAACAGAGAUUGAAUGUCAAAACUACAUCCGAGUCCUGCUGCUGAACAAGACCGAGGUCAUGACCUGUGGCACGAAUGCUUUCCAGCCUCUUUGUAUCACCAGAGAGGUGGGAAACAUGAGCAGAGUGUUGGAGCGGGUAAACGGCGUGGCGCGCUGUCCGUACGACCCUCGUCACAACUCCACGUCAGUGGUGACGGAAAGUGGGGAGCUGUAUGCUGCCACUGUCAUCGACUUCUCAGGCAGGGAUCCGGUCAUUUACAGGAGCCUGGGAGGCAUGCCACCUCUGCGUACGGCCCAGUACAACUCCAAGUGGCUCAAUGAGCCCCACUUCAUCUCAGCCUACGAAAUUGGUCUCUUCACUUUCUUUUUCCUGAGGGAAAACGCAGUGGAGCAUGACUGUGGCAAGACAGUCUAUUCCCGCGUGGCCCGAGUCUGCAAGAAUGACAUUGGUGGGCGAUUUCUCCUGGAAGACACAUGGACCACAUUCAUGAAGGCGAGGCUCAACUGCUCCCGCUCUGGAGAGAUCCCUUUUUACUACAACGAGUUGCAGAGCACCUUCUACCUGCCUGAGCAAGACCUCAUCUAUGGCAUCUUCACCACCAACGUUAACAGCAUUGCAGCAUCUGCCGUGUGUGCAUUCAACCUGAGCGCCAUCACCCAGGCCUUCAAUGGACCUUUCCGCUCCCAGGAGAAUCCUCGCUCCACAUGGCUUCCCACGCCCAAUCCCAUCCGCGACUUCCAGUGUGGAACUAUAAGCGAUCAUGGUCCCAAUGAGGGUUUGACGGAGCGCAGCCUGCAGGAUGCUCAGCGGCUAUACCUGAUGAAUGACGUCGUGCAGCCCGAGUCUGUUGAUCCGCUUGUCAUGCAGGAUGACGUUCGCUUUUCAAACCUGGUUGUAGACAUCGUUCAGGGAAUGGACACGCUCUACCAUGUCAUGUACAUCAGCACAGAAUAUGGCACUAUUCUGAAAGCGCUGGCUACACCCAACAAGAACUUGCAGGGGUGUUACCUGGAGGAGAUGGAGCUCCUCCCACCGGGUGUACAAGAACCUAUCCUGAGCCUUCAAAUCCUGCACAGCGACAGGUCUCUCUUUGUUGGGCUGAGUGACAGAGUCAUGAAGAUCCCUCUGGAGAGAUGUGGCACCUACAAAACUGAGAGCAUGUGCUUGGAGGCGAGGGACCCGUACUGUGGCUGGGACUUCAGAAAGCGCAGAUGCACCACCCUGGAAGACAGCUCCAACAUGAGCCAGUGGAAGCAAAACAUCACGAUUUGUCCGCUGAGAAACCAGACCACCAAUGGCGGGUUUGGACCGUGGGCACAAUGGCAGCCCUGCAACAAUGAUGAUCCGGUGGACGGCGUGAGCUCCUGUCUGUGUCGCUCCAGGUCUUGUGACAGCCCCCUUCCGCGAUGUGGAGGCAAAAACUGUGUAGGAACCACCAUUGAAGUCUCCAACUGUUCCAGAAAUGGAGGCUGGACACCUUGGUCGUCAUGGGGACAGUGCAGCACAACCUGCGGGACAGGUUUUGAGCUUCGCCAGCGAUCUUGUAACAACCCCUCACCCAGACACGGCGGGAGAGUGUGCGUGGGGCCAAGCAGGGAUGAAAGGUUUUGCAAUGAGGGCGUUCCCUGUCCACAGCCGAUAUUCUGGACCCCGUGGAGCUCCUGGACCAAGUGCAGCACAGCCUGUGGGGGCGGUGUCCACUCCAGGGUCCGCACAUGUGAAAACGGCAACAGCUGCCCUGGAUGUGCUCUGGAGUACAAAGCCUGUAACCUUGAAGCCUGUCCUGAGGUCAAGAGGAACACACCGUGGACACCCUGGAUGCCUUUUAAUGUGACCCAGAGUGGCGCUCGUCAUGAGCAGAGGACGCGGUACAUGUGCCGAGCUCAUCUGUCGGACCCGCAUGAGCUGCAGAUCGGACGGAGGAAGACGGAGACACGCAUCUGUAAGCACGACGGGACGGCAGCGUGCGAAACCGACAGCCUCGUCGAGGAGCUUCUGAAGAUACCGGUGGUGAGGGUGGCCGGUCUGGGCUGGUCGUCAUGGGAGACCUGGUCCAGCUGCUCACAGAGUUGUUCCAAAGGCUACCGCACCCGUCGGCGGACAUGCACCGGGCCAGAGGGGAAGAGUGCUCCCGUGGCGUGCCGUGGUUCUCCCGUGGAAUACCAGGACUGUAACGUGCAGGCGUGUCCGGUGAACGGUGCCUGGUCCUGCUGGUCGCCCUGGUCUCAGUGCUCCGUGGGUUGCGGUGGUGGUCACUAUCAACGGACGCGCUCCUGCAACAGCCCCACACCUGCCAGUGGGGGGGACAUUUGCAUAGGUCUUCACACAGAGGAAGCCCUGUGCAACACCCACACAUGUGACGAUGUUUAUGCAGAAAGAAAAGAACAGGUGGUGGAGACUCUGCAGCCAGUCGCUGAACACCAGACUGAUAGGAAAGGCAAAAGGAGCCUGUCCUCUGCCACCACUGGGGGUGACUGUGCCAAAACCUCACACUUGAGAGCACAACGACUUCCAGCAGGUGGCUGGAUGACCUGGUCUCAGUGGUCCGCCUGUGACGACUCAGGCUUGCAGAUGAGGAGUCGGGUGUGCGGUUCUCAGAGCAGCAUCCCCUGCGUGGGGAACAGCACUCAGCGCAGAGACUGCAAUGAAAUACCCGUCAUUCUCCCUGCAUCUGGUUUUGAUAAGGACCAGCAAUGUGGAGCUUUCACCUCCAUCCAACUAAUCACCACUGGUGUUUCCUGUUUCCUUGGAGCGGGGUUGCUGUCCUUCCUAAUCUAUGUGUACUGUCAACGUUUCCACAAGCCAUCACAAGAGUCAGCUGUCAUUCAUCCCACCACUCCAAACCACCUGAACUACAAGGGCAACACCACACCAAAGAAUGAGAAGUACACGCCGAUGGAGUUUAAGACGUUGAACAAGAACAACCUGAAUCCAGAUGAAAGAUCAAACUUGUACCCGACGCCCCUCCAGCAGACUAACGUCUACACCACCACCUACUAUCCCACAACGCUUGGAAAGUUCGACUACCAACCAAACUCCUCCCCUUCGCCAUGCAGAACCUACAACAACAGUAACAACAGCUGAGACGCAGCCCACAGACAUCUCUUUGUUCCCCUGCCCCAGAAGGACACUGCCCCAUUGCCACGCUGGCUGAAGCAACAUCCACUGAAGUCCUUUUUCAGAGCUUGGCUUGGUUUCUUUGCGCACCAUUGCUCUUCUGCUCGCUCCCAGUGUUCUCUGCAUGGUGGGGUUUGUGAUUUCAGUGCCAUUUGUGGAACUUUUCCAUCAGAAGAUGUCGCUUUGGAGUACAAUGUGAAGUACAGCGUUAGUCAGCCAUUCAGGGGGAGGGGGGGGUUGUUUUUUGAAGAGCCUGACUGGAUAAAGCUGUGUCAACUGGCUGCUUUGGAUUGAAAACAAGUGGAAAAAGUUGAAGGAGAACACGUCCACUUUCGGGAUUGUUGGGACUGCUGGUGCCGGGUCUAGUGGGCCCUCCCCAACUUCCAGCCGCUGAUAUGAAUAAGGCAUGAAUGACGAGUAAACACUUUUGACUCACUGCUGUACGCCUCAUUCCACAUUCUCAGCUUGUAACAAGCUCGAGUUCCCGAGGAACACAAACAGCUACAGAGGACGGAGGCUCACAUGGUUCCUGUCCUGCCGCACAGCACAGAGGAAGCUCACAACAACAAAAGAGGAAAUGCAAUGAGUUCAUUGAUUAAAUAAAUUACAGAUCUGUAUCGACCUGGUUGUUUGGUGGGGGGGGGUGCACUCCUUUUAUUGUUGGAACUUCACGAGACACGAAAGAUAAGAACUAAAGUUGAUUGAGGUUUUGUAUGCCUACUAAGAACAAAACAGCAUCACCCUCAGCUGAAGAGAAAUCCCGUCUCCACUCCAGGCUCAAGCCUUUUGUCAACGAGGACAUCUACUCACGGGGUCAAAGUGAGGAGUGUGGGGUGAUUCUGAAAGCUUUGGGAAAGCCAAGGUUGCCUGUAUCCAAUGGAUGGCAGGGGUGAUUCCUUUGAUUUCUUUUUUUUUUUCUUUUUUUCGGCAAGAACAACAAAAACUUCUGAAAGAGAAUUAAUUGAUUCUCCAAUUCAUUCUCUAUUGAAGGACUGCAAUUCUACGGAGUGCUAAUUAACGCGGCGGUCAAAUCAAAUAUGGCCGUGGUUCUAGAAAGUGGGUUUUCUAUGAAAGUAGAAUAAGCUAGCAGAGAAGCACUUGUUUUUUUUCCAUUUGUUUGAGGAUGUUGAUUGAUGUAUGUUGCAAUGAGCUGUAGCAUAGGAAGAAAUAUUUUUGUUAAAAAAAAUAUAACAGAUUAGCUUUUUUUUCACUUCAUUGAAGGGUUUUACAUUUCUAAUCUUCAACACGUUAAAUAUUCUAAAUUAAAUCAUGAUUUUUACUGUUUUGGAGGUUGUUGGAUUUUUUUUUCUUCUAUAAAUACUAACAACACUUUGCCCAACUUAAAGAGAAAACCUAGCUAUGCUCGCCUAGAAGUUUGUCCGUUUAAAAAAAAAAAAAGAAAAAAAAAUGAAUGCAUGAGUGUGUGAAUGUGUGUAGGUGAAGGCUCAUGUCCUAUGUGUGGGUUGUAUUUUGAAUGAUGUAAAUGCUUUCAUACAUUUCCUGAGUUCUGGUUUUGUAGUCCCUCUUUAAGCAUCCUUUUUUUUUAUUCUCUAUUGUGGGUUUACAAGCUAAAGAAUCGCAUCAUUUUCAGUACUGACAUAAUUUAUAGUCAGUUUGAAUUAUAAAGGGCAUUUUCACAGUUGUAUUUUAUCCUCCUUUUCUGAUUGAUGAAUUCUAAUCUGACUUUUGAGUUCAGCUAAGUGUACACGCACAAUGCCAGAGCUCUAUUUGUACAUAGAAGCAUCAGCUUUCCGCCCAUUCAGCGUUCUCGACGAGGAAUGUGUAAAUGUAUCUGUAUAUUGUACAGUUAACACUGUUUGUUUAAAAAAAAAAAAGGGCAGCAGCUAAGUAAACAGGCAAACUGGGAAGUUUGUCUGGGGACAGUGCUUCGCCACGUGUCUCUCCGCCUGUUGACAAUGACCUCUGCAGCUGAUCAAACACCAGGUUUCCAGAGAGUUGGAAUCAAGAGGAACAACAACUUUGUGAAGCACUGAUAUUGACCUGACACUAUUAUACAAUUUGAACUAGCAAAUAGUGGUUAAGUGCAAAUCAUUUUGAUCUAAAGCAAGCUCCUGCUAGCCUGGUUAAAACCCUCCCCCCAUCAUAUCAUUCGUAUCUCAACUCUGUACCCUGCGACGUGAGGCCCUUCUAUGCAACUUACCAGGUGUACUGUUAGAUCUGUCAUGUAGACUAUAAUCACUGCCUUUUAGACACUGUGAAUUUUUUGUACUCUAUAUUUUUGUAUAUUGUACAUUAUAAGAGACAAUAAACCUUAAUGCAAACAUGAA